AUUACGUUCACAUUCAUAUUGUGAAUAAACAUUCAUUUGCUGUGCUACAAUUACUAUUUCUCGCUGAUUCUUUAAAUUUAUAUUUGGAAUUUGGAUUACCAAAAGACUUUUAACGAUGGAUUCUUUACGUGAACAAGUUAUGAUAAACCAAUUUGUAUUAGCGGCUGGAUGUGCACGGGAACAAGCUAAACAACUCCUACAAGCUGCACAUUGGCAAUUUGAGACAGCCCUAUCGAUAUUUUUCCAAGAGGUUGCAAUUCCUUCCGGAGCUAAUGGUAUUGCUGCUCCAUAUCAUCAGCAAUUAAUGACGCCGUGCAAUACUCCAGCGACUCCACCAAACUUCCCUGAAGCUUUAGCCGCAUUCUCCCGAUUAUCAACGGGGAGCCCAAGCCAGGCGGGUGGGACGAGUGGGAUGGCUCCUCCCGUAUCACCUUUAGCGACCCACCCACCACAGAAUACUUACAAUGGAGCGACUAACUCCCAAGCAAACUAUGCGCCACUAUCCUGUUCAACUGCUAUUUGCAGAGAACACAUGCCCAGAUAAGCUGAGGACUUAGUUUAGGAUUGUCUGUAAUUUAUUUUUCUAAUGGUGCGCGAUGUAAGCUGUGGACUUGUGAAUAUUAUUUUAUACACCCCACUGCAGCUAGUUUGCUGGACAAUAUACGGGGUGCUAUAGUCAAUCAUGUUAAACAUAAAAUAUUCUCACUGUUCAUAAAAUAGUGGUUUCUAAAACAAAAUGCACUAUAGAAUAAUAUUAAUUAUGUUACAUUUUUGAUACCUAUGAAAAAAAAAAAUCUAACACUGUGAUUAUAAAAUUUGGUAUCAUUACUAUGUAGAAAUAAUAAUUAUUGCUGUAUGAUAAUUAUGAAAAAAAAAUGUUGUUUUUUUUUUUUUCUUUUAAAGUUAUAUACUUUUCUAUACACUAUUUACUAUAAGCUAGUAUCAUUUAAAUCAAAAAGUCACAAUUGUAUUAUAUUCUGCAACUUUAUACAGCUUCAUAAAAGACAAUAUUAUGAAAAUAAUAGUUAAAGUGGUUAAGACAAAUACGUCAUUGUAAUUUUUGCAUCUUAAUUCUUGUAAUUAAAAAUAAAUAAGAAAUAAUA